GGCCCAUCCGAGGCUUCGAGUCGGUUUAGGUCUCCUGAUUGCGCUGCAACGUUCUUGCAACACAAGUUGGUGACGGACUGGAACUCCGAAAUCUCCCCCCAUAAAAUUCUCUCCGCGUCCGUCUCUCUCUAUCGAUUCACCGCUUACGAAAUCCGUUGCUUCCGCCGCCGGCGAUCUCGCCUAGUCACCUGCGGCGUCGCGGGAUACACAAAAACAAACCCUAACCCUCGCCGCCUCCGCGCGCGAUGUCGGCCGCCGCCGUCGCCCCGACCCCUCCCGCCGCGGCCUUCCCGAUGGCGCCCCCGCCGGCCUACCCGGCCGCCGCCACCGCCGCCGCGCCCGCCGAGGGCCACGAAGACGACCUGUACGGCCGCCUCAAGUCGCUCCAGCGCGCCCUGGAGUUCGUCGAGAUCCAGGAGGACUGCGUCAAGGACGAGCUCAGGAACCUCAGGCGCGAGGAGGUGCGCAUGAAGGAGGAGGUGAAGCGAUGCCGGGCCACGCCGCUCGAGAUCGGCCAGUUUAUGGAGAUGGUCGACGCGGACCACGGCAUCGUUGCGCCCACCAGCGGCGGCAGCUUCUACGUGCGGGUCCUCAGCACCAUCGGCCGCGAGGAGCUCAAGCCCUCGGCGUCCGUCGCGCUGGACCGCCACUCCCACGCGCUCGUCGACGUGCUGCCGCCCGAGGCCGACUCCAGCAUUUCGCUGCUCGGCUCGGCGGAGAAGCCCAACGUUACCUACAAUGAUAUUGGAGGAUGUGAUAUCCAGAAGCAAGAGAUCAGGGAAGCUGUUGAGCUACCCUUGACACAGCAUGAAUUGUACAAGCAGAUUGGAAUUGAUCCUCCAAGAGGUGUGCUUUUGUUUGGUCCUCCAGGUACUGGCAAGACCAUGCUUGCCAAAGCUGUGGCCCAUCACACAACUGCUUCUUUUAUCAGAGUAAAUGGUUCAGAAUUUGUACAGAAGUACUUGGGCGAGGGCCCUAGGAUGGUUCGAGAUGUAUUCCGUUUGGCUAAGGAGAAUGCCCCUGCUAUCAUAUUCAUCGAUGAGGUUGAUGCAAUAGCCACUGCACGUUUUGAUGCUCAGACUGGUGCUGAUCGAGAAGUUCAGCGUAUUCUUAUGGAGCUACUCAAUCAGAUGGAUGGAUUUGAUCAAACAGUAAAUGUGAAGGUUAUAAUGGCAACUAACCGGGCAGAUACUCUAGAUCCAGCCUUGUUGCGUCCAGGUAGACUUGACAGAAAAAUUGAGUUCCCUCUUCCUGACCGACGGCAGAAGAGGCUUGUGUUCCAAGUCUGUACUGCCAAGAUGAACAUGAGUGACGAAGUUGAUUUGGAAGAUUUCAUUUCCAGACCAGAUAAGAUCAGCGCUGCAGAUAUCACGGCUAUAUGUCAAGAAGCUGGCAUGCAUGCUGUCCGGAAGAAUCGGUAUGUCAUCCUCCAGAAGGACUUCGAGAAGGGCUACCGGACCAACGUGAAGAAGCCUGAGACGGAGUUCGACUUCUACAAGUGAAUAAAGCAUGAGUGUUAAAAAUGCAGUCGUUACUGACUGCAUGCGUGGCCAGCUGCACACACGACUUGCCUGCCAUUUGUACUGACAAACUCGGACAUGACUUAUACUAGGUAGUAGUACUAAGCAACAAUGACUUCAAUUCAAGGCAAAUCCACUGAGAGGAACAAGAUUGAAGACUACAUCAUGUACCUAUUUGUGCAAUGUAUAUAAACAUGAAAGAGGUUAUAGUAAUACACUAAUACCUAUCUAGUUCCAGACCCCUUUUUUGUGUUUAUAUAUUUGCAAAUAUAAUUGACCUCAGCAAGUCCGAAGCUGCAGCACCAGCUAUCUGUCAUCAAGUUAUGGACACAUGCUCAAAGGAUUAGAUAAUCAGCUAGCCAAUCAUCAGGACACCAAUCAAGCCGAAAGGAUCAUCAACGGAUGGAGCACUAGUUUGACCAACAAGGCCGAGCCAUGGCAGGCAGCUACGAGUGGGAAAUCAUGGCCGCCACCGACUAUGAAUCAUUGGAGCUCGCUCAGCCCUGCGGCGACAAGAAUGCUCCGGCGCAUCCGUGUGCGGCGAUCAUUGGAUCAGAAUCGGGGAACAUUUCGCCGUGCGACAGUACGCGAGCCAACUAACGCUGGAGUGGUGGUCGUACUCGUACAAUACAAGUGCCCCGCCAAUCUGCCAUGUGGCGGCUACGAGUGCGGACGAAGUGGUGGUCGCCGACGCUAGCCGGCGGGACAAGCGUUCCCGUUGCCCAACAGAUUUGACGGCUCCAGCUGCGCGGAAUCUGAAUGCAAGAAUUUUGUGGAACCAGCAGUCUGCAGCGCACUCCAUCGGUUGCAAAAUAUCUAAAUUUUCUAUUUUCUCUUAUGCUUUUAUGACGCUAUAAUGUUUGUAUCCUAAGAAAAUUUAUAGAAUCCCGAAAAAAAACCUCCGUCCACCUAAACGUCCUAUGCAUUUAUGGAUGAAGGGGGUAAUAAAUAUAUGUCGUGCUACGUCAUCAGAAUGUAGGGACAUUUGUGAAUGUAAUAAAUAAAGUAGCCUCUCCAUCUUAAA